AUGUCUUAUGAACAAUCCAAAAAGCAAUUUGAGGCGGGUCAUCCCGUUGCUGGAAAGGGGGCCAGCAGUUGUCUGCUGACUCUGCAACAGGACAACCGGUCUGUCACCGAAUACUCCCUUCAGUUCCGGACCCUUGCCAACAAGACCCGGUGGAAUGCGGUGGUGCAAGUGGCAUGUUUUCAGCAAGAUCUGAACCCCCGAAUCCAAGCCAAGCAAGCUUACCAAGAUGAUGUGACUCUGGACCCAGACACAGCACACCCCAAACUCAGGGUUGAUGAAGAUGGGAAAUCUGUCUCAGGUGUGAACAAGAAUCUACCUGUUGAACCCAACAAGAAGAGGUUUGAAGACAAUCUAUGUGUCCUGGCUAAGGAGGGAUUCAUCUCUGGGAAACAUUACUGGCAGGUUGAGGUGCGAGACAAGACUGCCUGGUACAUCGGAGUUGGCAAAGAGGACAAGGACACGAAGGAAGUUUUCACCCCUGAGGAAGGAUACUGGAUUUUACUUUAUUCAUCACCUGACAAGUUCUGUGCUACCACUGCUCCAGAAACACACCUCCCUGUAGCCCUGACACCUCAGAAAGUGGGAGUGUUUAUGGACUAUGAGAGGGGUCACAUUUCCUUCUACAAUGUAGACGAGAGAAGUCAUAUCUACACCUUCACUAGUUCAUUUAAACAAAAGCUCUUUCCAUUCUUUGGAACAUGUUUAAGAUGUAAACACCCACUCGUAAUAUCUCCUGUGGAGUAA